UGUAUAUAUCCUGUAGUGUGUACUAUAUAUACCCACUAUCUAUUUCUAUAUGAUAGUAGUGGACAACCUCACAUACACACAAUAGCCUAUGCACAGGGUCUAGAAGUGAUCCCUACAUGCGACCAUCUAGACGCCUAGUUUGUUGCCGUGUACGUAAGGCUGCACAGACCUACACGCCCAUGUGUGCAAACAACAUAGUUUAAAUAUCACAUCCAAGGAGAACUGUCUUGAAACAGUUCUAUCGGUAUAAGUGUUUGUGGAUAUACACAUAAAUAUUUAGCAACGGUGCGUGUAUGUGAAUAACACAAUCAAACAAAAUGGCGACUAUACCUAACGGGCAACCGUCGAGCGCAGAUAGAGACAGGACCGUGCACUCUCACCAGCACUCGCAGGGAUCACAGGACAGUCAAAACAAUGUGUCGUCAUGGAAACGCGCUACACCCUACACACGUCCAAACGAGAAACAGGAUACAGAUAAACGGCAUGAGAACGCAGCUCAUGAGCAGUCUCAACAACAGUCAAAGGGACCGGAAGGAGCGGCAGACAGGGAAAAGAAGCGACCAUCUGAAAUGGUUUAUGCAUCAGAUUUAAAUUGCAAUGAUAAGUACAAGUCUACGGUGCCUGAUAUACCGUUGGACCCUAAGAUGAUAGAAUUCCCGUUUGAUAGGCAGCGAUUCUUUAAGUAUAGAACAAGUACGCUGGAAGCCAGGCGUAAGUUUCAAGUACACGAAGGUACGAUGGUGCCUGUAGGACUGGAGCUGAUUGAUCCACAUGCGUACGUUGGCAAUAUGAAUG